GCGCCGGAAGUCUCGAGGGAAAAAGGUUCCGGGGCAGCGGAAGAAGUGGGAUACGAAGCAGGUCGCGGCUGGCAAGCAAAAAAGGUGCUCAAAUUGAAUUCGGGAUACAUAAAAAUAGAUGACUGUUAUGAAUUGAUCGUGGUGAAAGACACCAGGACAGAGACUUUCCAGCCACACACCUUGUGCAAGAUUCUUGAGGAGUGAUUGAUGAUGGCUCAUUUACACAGAAAUGCACGUCGCCUGCUGGGCUGUGAAGGCAUUUCUGGGUUGAGUCUCCUCCAUUCGGCAGCGGGUAAGAAGCUGGGAAUGCUGAGUGCCAGCCUGUCACGUACAAUAGCAAGCGACGAAGGAGACGACGAUGUGGAGGAAAUAACUGAAAUAUCAGACACAGAGGAGAACUGCACAUCACCGGAGCCACAUAAAGAUACCACAAAACCAAUUCAUGGUAGAAAUCAAGCCUCACUGAUUCCUCAAGCCAAUAAGAGCCACAAGAAGAUGGUCCUAGUAGAGGAGAACAACCCAUUUUCACUCAACAUACCCAAAAAUUUUAUCUGUGAGCAUUGUUAUGGGGCUUUCAGGAGCAGCUACCAUCUCAAGAGACACUUAUACAUCCACACAGGGGAGCGACCUUACGAGUGUGACAUGUGUGAAAUGAAGUUCAUCCAGAAGUACCAUCUGGACAGACACAAACGAGUUCACAGCGGAGAGAAACCUUAUCAGUGUGAGCGAUGUCAGCAGGCCUUCUCACGGACGGACAGACUUCUGAAACAUAAGAGGAUGUGCCAGGGCUGCCACUCCAAAAUUGCCGAAACAGAGUCUGGGACAAUUUUACCUUCAUACUCCCCAUCUUUCCGUAUUGACAGAGACAUGUUCACUAGUACAGGAGAGCGACCUUACGAGUGUGACAUGUGUGACAUGAAGUUCAUCCAGAAGUAUCAUCUGGAAAGACACAAACGUGUCCACAGUGGAGAGAAGCCCUACCAGUGCGAGCUGUGUCAGCAGGCUUUCUCAAGGACAGACAGACUUCUGAAACACAAAAGAAUUUGCCAGGGAUGCCGCAAGCAAAGAUCUAUAACUACUCCUGAGAUCGAAUUAGUGUUGUAGCUUGUGAUUGAUAGCUGCUCUGUUUCCACUACUACUACUACUUUCACUCAGGACAUUGCUAGUAAAUCCGUGACAUCUGAAAUCACUUCCCUGAAGCGCAUGGCUGGUGAUAUCGACAAGAUAUUUGGCCAUAUCUGACCUUUUGUAAUGCCCAAAAUAGCAAACUUAGAUCUAAAGUCUAAUGAUCUGAGAAGACUAAUUCAGUAAUAUGUAAUCAGUCCAAUGUAACAUAGUUCUGUGAUGAAAUACAUUUCAUUUUCUGUAAAAAAAAAAAAAAAAAGGUAUAUUUAUUUUAAGGGCUCCAUGCAGAUCACUCAAUUGAAAGAUUCCAUAUUGCAUGCUGGCACAUCCUUGAAAACUAUUCUUGAAGCGGCAAGCGUUUUCUUGAGAAUGGUCAGUGUGCGUCUGUCACCUGAAAUGAGACAAUAAGGCAGCAUGUAGUGGGUGGACCAAUGUGCGUGAAACUGUAGCUUAUUAACUCACUAGGAACUAGUGACCUCACCCUAUCAGUACACUAAAGUGCCUCAGUGACAUCCAUGGUCCCCAUAAUGACUUGAUAGGCUGUAUUCUUACAAUAGAUGCCUACAGGAUGUGUAGGUGACAGGUACAAAAUAUGAAAUGUUUGAUGUUGGGCUACAACCUAAAAUGGAAAAAAUAUUUUUGGGUGUAGGGCCUAAUAUGUAACAAAAGUUUAUGAUGAAUUAUCUGCUACAGUGUUGUCUGAAUCUUCCUGUUCCUCCAAACUUAUAUUCCGGGUUAUUGCCAGGACAACCGGGGUCCAAGUUUGCUGGGAGUGGUCUGAGAGAAAUAACCCAGGAAAAAAUAAAUAAAUCCCACUUUACCCCAGGAAGGACCCAGGUAACGGUGUGGUGUCGAUAUCUCCAAGCGUCAGCAGAGGGAAGACCCAUCACUUACCCCAGUCCAGUUUAGAAUGUAAACAGGUUUUCAAGUGGUCUUGAAACCGUGUUCAAUUAACCCAGGUUGGAUCCGGGCUCUUGAGGGGAUUGGUGGAAAAAGAGGUAUGACAGUAACCUACCACCCUCCAAAAAACAAAACCCAAAACAAAAACUUCCUACCUAUUUACUUACAGUAUUAGUAACCUGCGUAGAGCAAGGGCAGUUACAGCCAUUCAGUUCAUUUCAAACCAUCCUUGUGGGAAGAGAACAAAGGAUUUUGAUGUUGAAUGAUUAGACCACAGGUUCUCAAACUCGAUCCUCGGGGUGCCACACAGUUCAAGUUUUACAGGUCAUAUGGACUACGGUGAUACAUAGUGCACCUGUUGGGUGACCUGAAAAAUGCGAACUGUGUGGGGUCCUAAGGGCCGAGUUUGAGAAUCACUGGGUUAGACCCAUUAGAGACCCAGGAACAUAGUAAGCAAAUGUCAAAUAUGCAGUUUUUAAUUUAACUUCCAGAAACUAAUUGUUUAGUUUUCGGUGGCGUUUGUUAAAUGUCUCAUUCAGCCUGAAGGAGAUGCUGUUUCCAUCUAUAGCUGAUUUUUGUUUUUGUUUUUUACAGUAAUGUCUGUAGAGACAGUUCAACCAUUGAAGGUGCCUGAAGUUUCAUUAGUAAUGUGAGAUGCAAACAUACUCUGUAAAACCUGAGAAGAUUCUAGUAACCUUAUUAGAACCCUUAUUACCGUGUAAUAAUUUUAAGGUUUAGACUUGACUACAUUUCAAGAAGGAGAAAUAUAUACAUAGAUAUGGAAUCAUGUUAAUUGCUUAGUUUUAGAAGAUAAAGUAAUAAAGUUAGACCUAAAAGGACUAAAGAUGGGUACACACCUGGGCGACUUGAUGGCCAGCUGGCCGUUGUGCCGCCCGAGCAGCCAAUUCAGGUAAGAAUACACUCUUACGGGCGCUCGGUGUGUUGCCCUGACAUCACAGCUGGGCGGACAUUUGAAUUUGUCUGCCCAACUUUGACUUCAGUCCCCACAGCAAGACCGUCCGUACACACAGCCAGAUGCGCCGACCUGUCGACCAUCUUACAAUAGAUUAGCUGUUAGCUCGAAUGGCCAAUAUAUCUAGUGUGUAGCCAGCUUUAGAAAAGUCCCAGUAAAUUGAAGAAUGAUAUAGUUUGUGUGUCCGACUAAUAGCUCUCCUGCUGUGUAUGAGAAUUCUGCGCCACUUAAAUCUUUGGAAAAUGUGUGCUAUUUUCUUCCAUUGUUUUUCUCUCCUGCGGUUAUAGUCUGUGCUCCUCUAAAAGAGCAGUCGCUGCUUUUAUCUGGCCAUCUCCAGAGAGCGCAGAGCUUCCCACUAUAGGCAACAAAUCGUGGUGCUGCUGCCAGGAGAGGAUCCCCACCUAACUACUUACUAUAGGGAAGAUAGGAGACUGAAGGGGAGAUGUAUCAAUCCUUGGUGAGAGCUAAAGUGGAGCAGUUGCUCAAAGCAAUCAAACAGCUUCUGUCAUUUAAAAGACUGUGCUUGAUUAAUGACAGGAGAUGAUUGGUUCCAUCACACAACUUCUCUACUUUAUCUCCAAGUUUUGAUACAUACUCUUUAAUAAGAAUCCUAAGGAAAGGAAAACCCAUUUUAAUCCUGCGGGAAAUAUAAGGAACAGAGAUCGGCUACAUUGGUUUUUUUUGUGGUAUCUUGAAUUAAUUAAAGCUGGGAUAAUUUAGUAUUAGAAUAUAAUGAGAAUGGCACACCGACAACCACUUCUCCAUCUCUGGGUUACAUGGAAGGGUGGACCUAUACUGAAUGGAGAUGAGGGGGUUUAAACCCAAUUUGAACUAUUUUAGCACACGCCAACUGAGCUAGCAUUAACUGUAUUAAUACUGAGUUUAGUCCAAGCUUUAAAUAUCACAAUGUAUAUUUGUAGUAUUAACCUAUGCUUUGUCCAGCCGUGUCUAAAGCCCUAUAAGACUACCAACUGCUGUCCCAGGGCAAAGUACCAUUUAUACCUUAUUAUAAGCCAUUUUCCUCUUAUAUGUAUUUCAUACAUUAAUGUGAACAACAUUUUAGAGUUUUGCAUCUAAAUUCAAAGAAACAAUGUUGAACAGGUUAGAAAGCGACUCAGUUUAUUGUACAAUGGUAAUGAAAAGACUGUGCUUUAAUUUAUAAGGAUAUGUCUUUAUAAAUGAUGUGAUACCUUUCGACUAUGAAAUGUGACUUAAACACAGCUUACCGGUAAGAAGUUAUCAGCUGUGUCAAUCAAUUCAGUGUAUGUUGAAAAUCUUUUACGUCUAGUUUAUUUUUUAUUUGAUUUUUAAUACAUUUUAAUACUUUGCAGGUUUUUAAUAUUGUGUUAAAUAUGUGAUGUGGCGCUACUCGGUGAAAUUAACUGUAGCUUUGGAACAAAUAUGCAGGUAUUCAAUAAACUGCUUUUUUGUAUUAUGCCGUAAAUUCCAUUGUUGUAAUAACACCCUCCAUUACAAUUUGGAAGAUCUUCCAGAAACUAUUGCUCUAAUCUUUGGCUGUCAGACUUGAGCAUUUCUAGGUCCUGGCACCCGGAUUCUAGGCCCCAAAUUCAAAACACUGUUCAUUUUUAGUUGGUUUAUUCUGUAAUACUGGUGUUGGCAGCUUAAUUAAUAGGUUGUAAACAUCAACAUAUUUGUUACACUCCCAAUACCAGUAUAAAUAUAAUCAAGAGAAAUUUGCUUGUUUAUUAGUGUGUGGUAUCCUUCUUUAUGGGUCUUCCGGAACUUAGCCAAGUGUAUUCAAGAGAUCUAGUCCAAGGCUUUAAAUGUAACUACUGUAUUAAUACUUUUAUAUGAUUAUUUUCACACAUUUUUGUUUCUCAGUAACUUUAGAGUAGAGGUUUGUUUUGUAGUUUUAGAACACUGUGCAGUCUGUUGUAUGUUAUUUUUGCUUCUUACUGCCGGUGUAUGUAGAAUAUUUAAAUAAAGUUGUUUUUUUAUAUAUAUAAAAA